ACACUCGAGACAACCCAAAAGGUGGACUGGAGCAAAUUUAUUGCAGUGAACGGAGCGACCGCACACCCUCACACUGAGCCUGAUGGGACUACUUAUAACAUGGGGAAUUCAUACACCCCUAAAGGAGCGAAUUACAACAUCAUCCGAGUGCCGCCGACCAAGAAAACAGCUGGAGAAACCCUGGAGGGAGCCACAGUGCUGUGCUCUAUUCCCUCCGUGGACAAGAGUAAACCCUCCUACUACCACAGCUUUGCAAUGUCUGAGAACUACGUGUUGUUCAUCGAGCAGCCCAUCAAGAUGAACCUGUUGAAGAUUGUGACAGGCAAGCUGACGGGGAAGAGCAUCAGCGACGGCAUUUACUGGGACCCCAAACUCAACACGAUCUUCCACCUGAUUCACAAGCAGACGGGAGAGGUGAGCUCCGUCAAGUACUUUGCCAAGCCGCUGACCACAUUCCACCAGAUCAACGCGUACGAGGAGGACGGCUUCUUGAUCAUAGACAUGUGUGCUUCAGAUGAUGGCCAGGCGAUCAAUAACUACAACAUCCAAAACCUGCGAAAGUCUGGGGAAGAUCUUGAUGAGGUGUAUAACACCUUGUGUAGAGCGUUUCCACGGCGUUUCGUUCUGCCUCUCAAUGUGGACCAGGAGACACCCUACGACCAGAACCUGAACCGGCCCGACACCACAGCCACGGCUAAAAGAGUCGCCAUUAACAAG